GAGGCGGAAGUGACCCGUCGUCAGCGCUAGCUUGACUGUGUUGGUCCUGAGAUGACAGGAGGAGCUGAAGCCGAGGAAGCGACAGGUGAAUGAUCUAUAGUUGCAGUUUUUCAUCACUUCACCGGCUCAACUCCCAGUAAAUUCAGCACAACCGCGAACAGAAAUGUCUAAACCUACGUGACACGCGCGACCGAGCAAAAAAAGGCUCGAGUUGAACUUCAAAGUGUCGCAAAACGGAGCCACGCUGCGGGAGCUCGGACUUAGCAGCCCCGUUUCUCUGAGGCGAGGAGGCCUGGAGCAGGAGCGAUGCUGUCGGCGGAGGAGAUCCUGUGCAGCACCCAGCAGGUGAUUGCGGGGCUGGAGGCGCUGAGGGGGGAAAACCACAGCCUGCUGGAGAGCCUGCAGGUGGCGAUGGAGAGCCGGGUGGAGCCCUCCAGCGGCAGCGUGGAGCAGGAGAAGAGCGGCAUCAUCCAACAGUCCCUGGAGAGGAUCGAGCUGGGUCUGAGCGAGGCACAGGUGAUGAUGGCGCUGUCGGCUCACCUCGGGUCUCUGGAGGCCGAAAAGCAAAAGCUGCGAGCUCAGGUGCGUCGCCUCUGCCAGGAGAACCAGUGGCUGAGGGACGAGCUGGCCACCGCCCAGCAGCGGCUGCAGGACACCGAGCAGCAGGUGGUCACGCUGGAGGAGCAGAACAGACACCUGCAGUUCAUGUCCUCCAUACGCAAAUACGACCAGGACGAGACGCCUGUGGACGACAAAGAAAACUUUUCUACCAAGGGGUCUCUGGAUGAUCUGUUUCCUGCAGACGAGGAGGAGCAGUCUCAGAUGUCGCAGCCUCACAGCAGCGCAGCAGCUGCAGCGCAGCAGGGCGGCUACGAGAUUCCCGCCCGCCUUCGAACGCUGCACAACCUGGUCAUCCAGUACGCGUCGCAGGGCCGCUACGAGGUCGCCGUGCCGCUCUGCAAACAGGCUUUGGAAGACUUGGAGAAAUCCUCAGGCCACACCCACCCGGAUGUAGCCACCAUGCUGAACAUCCUCGCGCUGGUGUACCGAGAUCAGAACAAAUACAAAGAGGCGGCGAACCUGCUGAACGACGCGUUGGCGAUCCGGGAGAAGACUCUGGGCAUGGACCAUCCUGCUGUGGCGGCGACGCUCAACAACCUGGCAGUGCUUUACGGGAAGAGAGGGAAGUACAAAGAAGCAGAACCUCUGUGCAAACGAGCUCUGGAGAUCAGAGAGAAGGUUCUGGGAACGGAUCAUCCAGACGUGGCGAAGCAGCUGAACAACCUGGCUCUGCUCUGUCAGAACCAAGGCAAGUACCAGGAGGUGGAGCAGUACUACGAGCGCGCCCUGCACAUCUACCAGAGCAAACUGGGGCCUGAUGACGCCAACGUGGCCAAAACCAAGAACAACCUGGCAUCGUGUUAUCUGAAACAGGGGAAAUACAGACAAGCUGAAGCUCUCUACAAAGAGAUCCUGACCAGAGCUCACGAAAAAGAAUUUGGAUCUGUAGAAGGCGACGGUCGUCCCAGCUGGUCAGGAGGCGAUGAUGGCGGUCCUGCCCAGGAGGGACUGAGGCGCAGCGGCUCCUUCACCAAACUCCGCGAGUCGAUUCGCAGAAGCAGCGAGAAGCUGGUCCGCAAGCUCAAAGGGGUCGGACUAGAGGAAAACACCCCACGGCAUGCUGGGAUGAAGAGGGCAAACUCCCUGAACGUGCUGAACGUUGGGGCCAAAGACAGUCACAACAGCUUGCAGUCGAAGCACCUGACCGACAGUCGAGUCCUGAGCUCCAGCACACAGAGUCUGACCAGAAGAAGCUCACUGGGAGGGAUCAGCUAACAGACUUAUGGAGCUUUCAGCUCAGAGACUGACCCAGAUCCACGUUCUUCUGCCGGUUCGGUCACUUUAUUCCUUUCUGUUUGCAUGUAGGUCUACUUGAAAGGUAAAGAAAACAUCUGAGGUUUUUUUACUUCUAAACCUGAAAAAAAAUCUUUAUUUAUUUAAACUUCCAGUUGAAAAACAAGAAACACCUCAAAUAUCAAAACAAAUGUUUGGCUUUUAUUUUAUGACAUUUUUAAAAACUUUUAUCAGUGUCUUUUAUCACUUCCAGGUUAAAGUUUGGAACAUAACGUGUAGCUAAAGAUAGAUUAAAUGCUGGAGUAAUUUUAACUAAACUCAUAUCAUCUUAUUGUGCUAAGUUGUUUGUGGAACAAUAAAACAAUUCUAUUUAUUUAUUUUUAGGUCAUAAAUGUAGAGAAAUGUGGCUUCUAAUUCAGAAAUCAAUCAUAGCGCCAUUUUUAUUCAUGAUCAAUUGAAAUAUUCAGUAAAUCUAGAAAUAUUACUUGAAAAUUGAACAAACGAGUAAAACAACAACAUCAUCUGCAUAUUAGCUGACAUUUUUGGAAUUGCUCUUCUUACAUGUUUACUAAUCUAAGUGAGGUCUUUUGGGCCGGUGGUUCCGAAUCUUUUAGGGCCGUUUAAUGUCAGAGACCGAAGUUGACGUUCGUUUUAUUUAGAUUCUGAUUUACCUUAAAGUUUGAGGGGAAAAUAAAAUGUUCACUUCAAAAGAAUCUUACAUGAAAUCUAAUAUAAAAUAGAAAGUUUGAAAAUGUCUGUAGAUAUUUUAUUGAGGAGGAAGAUUCAAUGAAACUGAAGUUUUUGAUGAAGAUUUAAGGCAAAAACUUUAGUUUUUUCUUUUAAAAUAAAAGCCGUUUUAGAACUAAACAAUCCAGUUGAGGCUCAGUUCAUCCUUCAAGGCAAAAAUAGAAUUAUAUUAUUAAAUCAUAACCUUUGUCUAUGAGGUAUUUCUCUUUAACUCAGAUUAUUUUCUGUGUUAAAAUUCUUUAAAAUGAGCAUAUCUAACAAAAAAUGUUUUUUUACAAAUCAGAAACAACUUCUAUUUAGCAAUUUCUUCUAUUUAUUUUAUUUUAUUUAAUCUUCAUCCUCUGUGAAAGAUGUUCUAAAAUAUAUUUAAACAACAGAAUCCAUUCAAUUGUGAUAUUGAUGUUCUCUUCACCGUCAAAGUGGAAACUAAAACCAAAAAACCGACUUGUAUCGUCUGACCUUUAAGGUUUGGUGGAUAAAUACAGCAAAAUGAAAUGAAAAAACAAACUAAAUUUAACCGUAAACAAACGUUUGAAUGUUUAUUAGUAGUGAAUUUGUAACAUUAGAGUGUAGAUCGCUGCAUAUUAUGCAGAGGUAACAACAGUCACUAAAUCCAGAUUUCUACUCAAGACUUCUGGUUUUAGUCUGUUAAAUUCUGAUUUAUUUUAUUUUGAAGUUGAAGACGAAUCUUCUCAAACUUUUCAAAUAUCUUAUUUGUUAAUUUUGGUCGCUACUUGAAGGAAAUAAUGGAGAAAUUUAAGACACGAGAUCGAGUCACUUGUGAUGCAUCAAGAGUGAGUUAUAGAAAAGAAUCUGGUAGUUUUACAAAAUAAAAGUUCCUUCAGAAUAAAAUUAAUGAAUAACAUAGAAAAAAAAAUCUUAGCAUGGAGGUACUGAGGGUUGGGGGGGGGCUGGUUUAGGCAACAUUUCUUUAAAUAUUGGUGAAAUAACUUUGCACAUUUUCUACUCAAACUUCUUGUAAAUAAACAUUUAGUCUGUUUAAAACACAGAUGAAAACUUGAAGACAUUUAACGUUUCUGAGCUGUUGCUCAGGUCAAACUGAGUUCAGCGUCAAGCCUUUAAGAUCACUCUGUAAUGUGAGUUCUGGAUCCUUUUUCUUUGAUUCCUCCAGAUGAAUUAGAAAAGGACAAUUGAUCUGCAGCAUCAAUGUGACUUGAAUGUUUCUGCACAUUCCAAACAUGAUCUGUAUGUUUCUGUAGGACUUUCAUAGAAUUUAUGUCUUUUUUUACAUUUCUGACAUAAUCUGGUAGCAAGAAAUAAAUUCAUUGUUUGUGUGGGAAAGCAGCGUUUUCUCACAUAUGAGCUAAACUAAAAUGGUUAGUAUUGAGAAAUGUUAGUUUUUUAUGUGUGGAUGAGUUUAUAGAAUUUAAAUGUUUGACGAUCAGUAGAGCUGCUGAAGUGAAGCUUUUAUGUCACCAAUAAUACACAGAAUAUGUGAAUGAA